AUGUCCAACUCAGAUCCUUGCCCUUUCUGCGGCUUCAAGCCGGGCCAAGGCGAAUAUGAACUCAUUCUACACAUAGAGCAGCAACACCCAGACGCUGACGGCUCACCACCCACCACCUCCGGAGAUACUAUCUCGUGUCCCGAAGGUUGCGGUGAGAUCCUUCGGCUGGACGAGCUAGCUUAUCAUCUCGAGCUUCACGAGCUCGAGGCGCAGGACGCCACGCCCGAGCCAGGGCCAGAGCCAGAGCCGGAGCCGGAACAUACUCCCGCUGUGGCUCGGAAGCCGGAGCCGUCGUCCAGAGAGAGAGACCGGAAGCACAAGAAAGUCAGCCCUAUCCAGGCCUGGAAGGACCUCUUCGCCGGGCGUAGCUCUCAUGGGAGGGAGAGUAACGGUAGCGGUAGCAGUAGGACACGGCACAAGACCAAGAGAGAGGAUGCUGGUAUCACCAAGACUACCAGCAGAAGCUCUUCAAGUCGCGAUAAAAAUAGCGAUCGAGCUAAAUCCACCGUUCGUCUGGGGAAGUCCGAUCUUGGCAGGUUUGCGCAUGAGAGAAAGAUGCCCCCUUGGCUCGUAGACCUUCUUAAGGAUGAAGGUCAGGUUGUCAAUGAUGGUGUUCUGCCUGUUCUAAGUCAGCUUCUUGAGCAAAGUCCCUCAACACAGUAUGCCUACCUGUGUCACCCUGCAGUACAACAUGUUUCCAAAUUGAGACGAGAAGGCGGUUUUUGUGGCUAUCGAAACAUCCAGAUGCUCACUUCAAACAUCAUCGCUGCUUCGAGAGAAGGUUCAAAUCACUUUGGGCGCACGUUUCCUUCCAUCUUUCAGAUCCAAGAUCUCAUCGAGAAUGCUUGGGACAUGGGCAUCAAUGCCCAAGGAAGAGCAGAGACUGGAGGCAUCAAGGGGACAAGAAAAUACAUUGGUACGCCAGAGGCACAGGCUGUGUUUCUCAGCUUGGAGAUACCUUGCUCCGUUCAAGCAUUUAAGGAUCAGGAACGCGGCAGGUCGAAACAGCGUCUCUUUGAAGCUAUCGAAGGAUACUUUCGAGGAGGUAUCACAAGCGUCGAAGACCGAAUUCAUCAUACGGAAUUGCCACCAAUCUACCUACAACACCCAGGCCACUCUUUGACAAUCGUCGGCUUCGAGAGGCAAAUGGACGGGCAGGCGAAUCUAUUGGUAUUCGAUCCCAGUUUUCGGGAUUCUACAAAGGUCCGAAACCUCAUCGGCAGGACAGUUCGUCAGAAGCCCUCUUCGAUCGACAGUUUCUUGCAGCCAUAUCGUCGUGGCUCCCACUACUUUCGCAAGUAUAACCAGUAUGAAGUGCUCUAG